UUAAAUUACUACUAGGGAACACAAUCCCAACUCUUGAAUAUCUCCCUCAAAUUGAGAGAAACACCCAAAUUAUUAGAGGAUCAGCUAGGCCUAUAGGGACUUGAUGUGACUACCAAAUGUAUCCUAAAACUGCUUCGUACUUCAUCCACUAAUCUACACCAUCUCUGCCACAUCAGAAACCCUCCAUCCACGUCCUCCUCUCCUCCAAUAGAUAAUAGAUACAUCACCAAAACACUAAAACAUCAUAAACUACUGUGAAGUCUACACAUGACAGAAGCCAAGCGAGCCUAUAAAGGAACAGAUCAGAAGCUUAUAGUAGUAACAGAAGAAGGAAGCAUAGAACAAAGAGCUCACAGAAAGUAGAUGGUGGUGACAAAAGGAAUUCGCAAAGGGCCGUGGACGGAGCAAGAAGAUCUGCAAUUGGUGUGCUUUGUUAGCUUGUUCGGUGAGCGCCGUUGGGACUUCAUAGCCAAAGUCUCAGUGUUAUUUUCAAUCUUUCUUGUAGGUCUUAAUAGAACUGGAAAGAGUUGCAGAUUACGUUGGGUUAACUACCUUCAUCCUGGACUGAAGCGAGGUCGCAUCACGCCUCAAGAGGAGCGCCUCAUUCUAGAUCUCCACUCUCAAUGGGGGAAUAGGUGGUCAAGGAUAGCGCAAAGGCUCCCAGGUCGCACUGACAAUGAGAUCAAGAACUACUGGAGAACUCACAUGAGGAAGAUGGCACAAGAGACGAAAAAAUGCUCACCUCUCUCCUCAUCCUGCUCUUCUGAAAGUGAGCAGCUAGAGGAUACCAGUGGAAUAAUGGAAAACCAAGAACAAAGUAGUUAUAUGAUGAAAAAACCCAUAGAAAUUAAGGAAGAAGAUGAAGUGAAGGUGUACCCCAUGGAUCAAAUAUGGAAUGAGCUUGCAGCCACAUUCGAGUCAACGACCAGUGGUUUGAGUUUUGAAAGUUAUGGAAGUGGGGCUUGCAACAUCUCGUGCGCUUUUGCUAUGGCUUCUCCUGCGUGGGAAAACUGUGCUGAAUCUCUGUGGAAAAUAGAUGAUGACGAGCUCUGCAUUGGUAUAGAAUCUUAAAAAUCAUUAACAGAGAACUUUGUUUAUAGAUGUGAAGCAACUCUAAGAUAAGUAUAUGUAUGUGUUGUGCUAAAGUAAAUAUCUUCCAUGUACUGGAUUUGGAAGUUCUAAAGCUGCAUUCCAAGCUAUCUUGUUUUAAGAGUUUAUUUCAUGUUCCGUAUUGUCAUCCAGCUUGAAACUAG